UCCGCACGAGCCUGGGUCGCGACGCCGGCUGUCGGAGCUGCCGCGCGCGGGUGACGGACGUGACGGCAGCUGCAGCUAGUCGCGCUGAGCAGCUGGCAGCUGACGGGCCCGGACAGCUGGCACCUGGCGAGCUCGUCUGAACGCGCGGGACGGAGUCGGAGUAAGCUGUCAGAGCGGCGGGCAUGGGCGAAGCGCCGGCCGUCGUCGAGUGAAGCCUGCCUCUGCCGGACAGCAGGCGCCCCAAGAUGAGGGACGACGAGCUGGAGGUGGCUGUGAAGGUGGUGAUCGUCGGCAAUGGCGCUGUUGGCAAGUCCAGUAUGAUCCAGCGCUACUGCCGCGGUACCUUCACCAAGGAGUACAAGAAAACCAUCGGAGUCGACUUCCUGGAGCGCAUGAUCGAGGUGUACGAUGACCCGGUGCGGCUGAUGCUCUGGGACACGGCCGGUCAGGAGGAGUUUGACGCCAUCACUAAGGCGUACUACCGGGGCGCGCAGGCCUGCGUGCUCACGUUCUCCACGGUGGACCGCGCCUCCUUCCAGGCCGUCCGACACUGGAAGAAGAAGGUGGAGGAUGAGUGUGGCUCGAUCCCGAUGGUGCUCGUCCAGAACAAAAUCGACCUCAUCGACCGCGCCACCAUCGACGCCGAGGAGGCGGAGGCGCUGGCGCGCGAACUGAAGGUGCGUCUGUACCGCACCUCCGUGAAGGAGGACCUGAACGUGAGCCAGGUGUUCACGUACCUGGCCGAGCGGUACCUGGCCGAGAUGCGCACCUGGGAGGACGACGAGUUCGAGCCGCGCACCGUCAUCACCACCAACAUAUUCUCCUCCCACGGCUACAAGUUUCACGGGAAGCCGGGGCCCUACGACUCCGGCAUUAUUUCGCUGCACCCGCACGGCCGCCGACGGUUCCAGAAAAAGCGACACCUUUGGAAGAACAUCUGCAUGGCCUAGACGAGACCCCUCGGCUGGUGCUCGCCUCCACGUGCGGAGCCGCAGUCUCCAUGGCGGGAGUUGCAUCUGAACUGAUCGUGAGCGCGAGGGUGCCAAACAACGGCUGGGUGGCUCCAGUGAAGUGCUGUCGCGAGGUAACUCCCCGAGCCGCUCCAAAAGAAGAUAGGUGGCAGCACUCGUGGCUGCGCGAACUGGGUUUCCGUGCCACUCGUCGCGCGUAGCGCGUUGCGCGAAUCGAACGACGCCCGCGGACGGUAGCUGCAGGAGCCAUGUGAUAAUAGGUGUGUGUGUGUGUGUCCCAGUGUUUGUGCCAUGUAUCCGCCGGUGUUGUGCGUCGCUAACACAGUGCAAAUGCGUCAGGAGCGAUCGACGAGCGGGUACCCGCUUCGCGCUGUUGCUGCAGCCUUUUCGAGUGCCGCGGCGAUCCGCAAGGAACGCACGUCUUGGAACUUGUAUAUUGCGGGACAUAGAGCACUGGAAAUCCGCGAUGGAUGGUUCUGGCUCGUGCCAGACAAACCUGACGAGCCGCCACCGUGCUGACGAGAAGAGCCGACCGCCCUUCGGCUGACCGACCGGCGGCCAGCCAUGCACUUUUGCUACCGUGAUGUGCAGGUAUUCCAGUAUUAUGCUCAAUAAAAUACGUUAAAAGCUA